AUGCAGUCACCAUUAGAUCAAAUUUGGUCCAAAAGUUUCGAUGCAGAUUGGUUGGAGAAUUUCAGGAUCAUUGAGAGUAGAAUGUUAGACAUUUUUUGGUCGUAUGUUUUUAAAGCCGUGGCCAGUGAACGUCCCAUAGCCCAUGGAAAAAUUAUGUGUCCAUCAGGCCUGAAGUUUUCAUCUUCGAUCAGGCCUGAUGCCGGAUAUCAAAAGACGUCUGCAAAUAAUGUUAACUCAUCAGAUCAAAGUUAUUCAAAUGUAGAACAAAAUUUAUUAUAUGAUGAUGAAAGUCUCAAAAAAGGAGAACUGCAAAGAGGUUUGUCUAUUCUCAAUUCUGAAGAACCUCAGUCGGCCCCUAUACAAGGCCUGCAGUCAUCAACUUUUGAUAAAAAUAGGCAGCCUGGAAUCAGUCUUCUCGAUGUCCAAUCGGCAUCAUUCCUAGGCAUGAGCAAAAGGCUAGGCCCAACGCUUAUAACUGGUGGUUGUUGUCAGGAUGGGUGUUCGGAUGUAAAAACUUUUCCCCAAAUUAUUCCUAUGCCAUCAAAAAGAAAAACAACGGCCCCUAGUUCUCAGCAGGCCUUAAGUGGUCAAGGGGUGCCAAGAAUCCCUGGUAAGUAUGCAAUAGUGGAGGGAUGUUGCAGACAAAUUCAGAACGGCCCAUCUAUGGUACUUAGACAUGGAACGCUCAAUGUUGGAUCUCUGACUGGUCGCAGCAUGGAAAUCGCAGAAAUGCUCGAGCGUAGAAGGAUUAACAUCUGCUGCCUUGAGGAGACCCGAUGGAAAUCGAAUGGUGUCUGUCACAUCAACUUAGACAAUGAAAAUAUAAACUAUUCUGGAAUGGUCGAAAGACGGCCAAAAAUGGUGUAG